UCCGAACGCAGCAGCGCACACACUCCUGCGCCCGGGGAUCCUUUCUUGGAAGGAGCUGACAGUUGAGCUGCAGAGACAGGAAGAGCCUCACAAGAAAAAGGACAAUCCCAAUCACCCCUGUAUGCCAGGAUAAUGCAGACCCCACUGACCAUUCCUGUGCCCGUGCUCCGGCUCCCCCGGGGCCCUGAUGGCUCGAGCCGAGGCUUUGCCCCCGACGGACGCAGAGCCCCCCUGAAACCGGUGGUUCCUGAAAUCCCACCGGAGUCUCAAGAAUCUCGGGAAUCCCAGGAACAGCGGGCCCGAGCCACCCUUCGGGAGCUCUACCUCCGCAGCCUGCUGGCCAUGGUGGGGCGCCAGGUGAGCUUCACGUUCCACGAGGGUGUGCAUGUGACCGCCCACUUCGGAGCCACUGACCUGGACGUGGCCAACUUCUAUGUGUCGCAGCUGCAGACUCCCAUAGGCGUGCAGGCUGAGGCGCUGCUCCGGUGUAGUGACAUUAUCUCAUACACCUUCAAACCGUAAAGAUGUCAUCGUGUUCAUCUUUCUGCCUUGGGCGUAGCCACAGCCUCCCAGGCCUCCAUAUCCUCCUGAGCUUGGACCUCUGGGCCCCAGAGAGUUCGGAACACCCUUGGAAUUUUGAGCCAAGCUUCAAGCAACUCUGACUUCUUGGGACA